CAUCAAAAAUAUGCUAAAUGUCAAAAACAGCUAAAAUGUCUUCAUUUUAAACCUCCGAUCUACUUAUUUUGCCAAAUUUCGUGUUCAGCAUGUACUACCGUCUGUUCAGGUUUAAAGCAUUAAUAAAAUCGGCACGCAUACAUCUUGGUGGCAGAGGACAUGUUGAUAACAUAGACAAUUUUAAAAAGGUAAAAUAUAUACCAGGUAAGCGAAAAAUUUUGCGUGAUAAAGUAGCUAUGGUAACUGGAGGUGCAAGCGGGAUCGGUAGGGAAAUUGUUAGAGAAUUUCUGGAGGCUGGUGCUAUGGGAGUAUCCAUAGCAGAUAUAAACCAUAUCACCGGCGAGCAACUUGCGCAGUCUUUAGCGGAAGAAUUUGGAAAAGGAAAAACGGUAUUUGUGAAGUGUGAUAUUAGAAAAUCUAGUAAUUUUGAUUGGGCAUACAAACAAACGUUAAAAUCUUAUAAACAAUUAGACGUUGUGGUGAACAAUGCAGGAAUGCUUAAUGAUCCUAAAUGGGAAACAACUAUCUCAACCAACAUAGGUGGAUGUGUUAUUGGAUCUUUACUCGGCGUUCAAUACAUGUCUAAAAGUUGUGUUGGUAGUGGUGGUCAUGUUAUCAAUAUAGCAUCAACGUGCGGUUUAAUUUGCUCAUCCGGUUUGCCAAUUUAUAGUAUGACCCAAUCGGCCAUUAUAGGAUUUGGAAGAGCUUUGGGUGAUUCAGAUCAAUAUGAUCGAUCUGGGGUGAAAGUGAUCACCCUUUGCAUCACUCCAGGUUUUUCCAAAAUGAAAAGUGGUGCUGAUGUAGACGAAAAAUUUAAUUACGAAAUUUUUGAUGAUAUGGAAAACAUGAUGGUUCAAAAACCAAAAGACAUCGCGAAAGCUGUUAUGACAUUGCUCACAAAAGCGAACACUGGUUCUGUGUGGGUCGCUCGUACCGGUGAGCCGCCCUACGAAGCACGAUUGCCUGAGCAAGUUGAAGAUCUUAAAGUUGGUCAUUAACUUAAAAAAAAAAUUUGUGCGUUUACUUGUCUGAAAUUAUCGCGUAAUCAUUUUGAAAAUAAACGUCUGCUUUGUGA